AGCCCGACGAGGUCGACAGUGAGCAGGCAGCUCGGUGAGUGUGCCUUGCUUUGUCUUGACCGCAUCGCAUUGCUCCGGGGUCGUUCGCAAGUCACCGGGUCAUCGACAGGUUCGGUCGACUUCCGGUUUCCGGUCGCGCUUAUCUCCAGCUCCAGCGAGGCUCCAGCGUGCGAAUAGUUGAGUGCACUCAAGCAGCCCGCUUGUGUUGUUGUUGUUUUUGUUUGUGAUUUGCCGGACCGCAUUGGUUCAUUUGCACGUUUUAGCAAUUGCGUGUCUCCGAAGUUUUCAACAAGUCUUUGUCCGAUACAUAGUUCAAUUCGAAGGCUAAACUGUCAGCUAUGGCUGAACUCAUAGGAAAGCCCGCCCCAAACUUUGUUGCCACUGCAGUGAUCAGGCAAGAAUUCAGUAAAGUAUCAUUGAAGGAUUCUUGUGGCAGAUUCGUUGUGCUCUUUUUCUACCCAAUGGACUUCUCAAGGGUGUGUUCUUCAGAAAUUGUCAGGAUUUCAGAAAAAAUUGACGAGUUUAAACAAAGAAAUUGCAAAUUUAUUGGAGUGUCUUGUGACAGUGAAUUCUCUCAUUUGGCUUGGAUCAAGCAACUCGCAACUGAAAAGGAAUUAGUUGAUAUAAAUAUACCUCUUGUGGCCGAUAAAUCUGGUAGAAUUGCCAGAGAGUAUGGAAUUUACAAUGAAGACCAAGGAGUCUCCAACAGGGCAUUUUUCCUCAUAGAUCAUGAGCAGGUGGUUCGCUUUAUCUCAAUAAAUGAUAGACCAGUUGAGCGAUCAGUGGAAGAGAUACUCAGACUUCUUGAUGUGCUUCAAUGUGAGAAUAAAGAUGAGAUGAAUGUUCCAAUGACUCGAGGAUUGAAACGUCGUGUUUCUGAAGAAGGAGGCAAUGAAGCCCCCAUGAAAAAGGCCUUGACGUUAUCAGAAGGGGAGGGGGCAAUGUUGAAUUGAAUGCUAUUUUAAUAUUGAGUAAACUAUUGAAAGAAA